UACACCAGCGUAGGCACCAACACUCAUUCAUAUCCUACUUUCUUACCAAGCCUGAUUACCUCGCCCCUACCGGGCUUCGGAAGAUACAAAAAGAUGGAGGUCCAAUCUUCCUUCGGCAGCCAGAACUCCACCAGCGCCCCGCCGCCAUCCAUGGAUCCAGCACGCAGGGGCUCAGUCCCCGGCACUCCAGCCCUCCUCCAGAACCUCCUCAGCAUCGACGACUUCGAGAAACAGCACGAAGCCGCCGUCGCCGCCGCCGCCGCAUCCCGCGCCCAAUCCACCCCGAAAUCCAACCCUCAACCAGGCUCCGCGGCGGCGGUGCCCCAACCCAUCCCCAUCUCCACCCGCUCCUCCGUAAACACCCAGCUCUUCUUCCAGCGCUGCCAGGCGCUCGCCAUCCUGCAGCCCGCCUUCUCCUUCGACGGCGACGCCUCUCUCCCCGCCUGGUCCUGCACCCUCACCCUGCACGCCGGGGGCCAAGCCCACAGCCUCACCACCACCGGCGUCUGCACCUCCAAGAAAGAAGCCAAAGAAGCCGCCGCGACCCUCGGCCUCGGCCUCAUCGCCGCCCUCGAAGCCGCCGGCACGCUGGCCACCCCGUCCAAAGCUACCAAAAAACGCACCCCGACCCCCACUCUCCCCUCCUCCUCUACCACUACCCCCACUGAACCGGACGAGCCACAGGAAAACUACAUAGGCAUCCUCACGGAGUUCUGCCAGGGCGCCAAGCUCCCCGCGUCCGUCUUCGCCGAGUUCAGAACGGGGACCUGCUUCUCCGCCGAGCUGGCGCUGGAGAGCCAUCGGCCCGGCGCGCCGUUCGGCGGGCGCGGCGUCCUCCAUUCAUCCAAGAAAGCGGCGCGUGCGGCUGCUGCGAAAGAGGCUGUGCUCUGGCUGAGAGAGAAGGGGCAGCUGCCCGCGGUGCACGAGCCCGCGGCCGCGAGGAAGCGGAAAGCGGCUGCGUCGUCGGAGGAUGCAGUGCAGCUGUCUGCGGGCGGGGCGAGUGGAGGUUCGGCGGCGCGGGUGCUGGCACUUGCCGCAGAGCUGGGCUUACCGCAGCCGGUGUAUCGGUGGGCCGAGGCGAGUGAGCUGGCGCCGGGGCUGUGGACGGUGAGUAGUUUGUUCCCCGGGAGUGUAGGGGUCGGGGGCGAGCAUGGGGUGGUCGCGACGGCGAGGCAUGUGUUUGGGAAGAAGGCGGCGCGGGAGGAGUGUGCGCGGUUGACGGCUGUGGAGCUGGAGGGGGUGUUGGAGAGGCGGAGGGGAUUAGUAGGGAGGGUGUUGGGGGUGAAGAGGGUGGAAAAGGAAAAGGGGAGCGGCGACGGGGAGGGAAAGGGGGAGGUGGAGAUUGGAGAGGGGGGUGAGGAUGAGGAGUAUCAUUCUUGUUAG